AUGUACGAGGAUGCAAGCCAAGUGGCAACUGAUGCUGUCGGCAGUAUCAGAACCGUGGCGUCGUUCUGCGCAGAGAAAAGAGUGGUCGCAGCAUACAGGGACAAGUGUGAGGCUCUAAGGAAACAGGGCAUCCGAAGCGGAGUCGUCGGAGGACUUGGUUACGGCUUCUCGUUCUUGAUGUUGUUCUUCACGUAUGGCCUUUGCUUCUACGUCGGUGCGCAGUUUGUGCGCCAGGGGAAAACUACCUUUCCAGAUGUUUUCAAGGUUUUCUUCGCGUUAGUUCUGGCAGCUAUUGGAGUCUUGCAGGCGAGUGCGCUGGCUUCUGAUGCGACCAAAGCAAGGGACUCUGCUAUUUCCAUCUUCAGCGUUCUGGACAGGGAGUCCAAAAUUGACUCCAGCAGCGGCGACGGGAUGACGCUGGAGGAUGUCAGUGGCAACAUCGAUUUCAGAAACGUCAGCUUCAAGUACCCACUGCGUCUUGACGUCCAGAUAUUCAGCGACUUCACCUUGCGCAUUCCUUCUGGAAAGACAGUGGCGCUUGUCGGAAAGAGUGGCAGCGGCAAGUCGACGAUAAUCGCUUUGCUGGAGCGUUUGUACGACCCAGAUUUCGGUAGAAUAUCACUGGACGACGUUGAAUUGUCCCAGUGGGUCAAGGCUAUGGUUUGA